AUGGUCGCGACGCAAACGCAAACGCAAACGCAAUCGCAGCUGCAACCGCAACAACCGCCGAGCUGCUGGCUUGAUUUAUGUCAGCCUGUUGGAAUUCAAUAUCCUGUAAACGGUUACAGUCACAUGCCGUUCACGGCGAUGCUACUACAGCCGAUGACUACGGCGGCGGCGGAGUCUAACGUUGAGAUCGCGGCUGGUGAGAGGAGUCAGGGAGAGGCGUUGGAGGAUCGCAGAAGCCAUCACCAGCAGUAA